AUGCUCCAGAACCUCGUCAUUUUGACGCUGGUGUUUCUGGUGGCCUCCAUUGAGCGUUGCGAUGCCGUGUCCUCCGUUGCAGGUGCUGAUCAAAUCAAGUGUUCGAAGCACGCAACACUCAGCACACCAUUCGGGCCAGCUUUGGUCACCAAGAGUAAGGACAAACGGCACUUAAGGGUGAAUGACAAGGCGACAGGACAAGAUGAUGCUGAAGCGAGAGAUAUCACCUUGGGGUCCGUCAUUAGCGCCAGUGCGAAGGCAAUGAGGAUGAAAGCGAAGCUGAACAUGAUGCUUCUGCGCGGAUUAAAGCCUGACAGAGUCUUGAAGAAGCUAAAAGUCGUACGCAUGACGGACAAGAAUUUCAACAACUUUGCUAGAUUUUACGCCCAGUAUCGUGCCAAGUACGCAAGUAAGAAACCAGACCUUCCGACGAGUGCAGAAGAUGUCAUAUUGUUACCGAAGUUGAAGGGAUGGCUCGGUCAACGAUUAUUACCCUCACAAGUCAAGUUUAAUCUGAAGGAAUUAGCGUCGACGAACGUCAACAAAUAUCUUCAGUUGUACCUCAAAGACGCUGACAAUAUCGUCAUUCUGCCCAUGCUCGAGCGCUGGAAGGGACAAAAGAUACUCCCAUCGCAAUUCAAAAACAACCUAAACGAGAUCGGGGUGACGGACACGACUAGAUAUAUGGAGUGGUAUAUGCGCAAUGGUGGAGAUGACAUCGUAAUGGCCAAGCUUCGGAAGUGGGUCAGUGAAGAUGUUCCUAUGGAAAAUAUCGUAACGAAACUUGAGAAGAUUGGGGUGUUAGACACGACCAAAUAUGUGGACUGGUAUAGAGAAUCCAUCAUAAUGGCCAAGCUUCGGAAGUGGCUCAGCGAAGAUGUCCCUGUGGAAAAUGUUAUCUCGAAACUUGAGAAGAUUGGGGUGACGGACACGACCAAAUUUGUGGAGUGGUAUAUGCGCAACGGUAGAGAUGCCCCGGUAAUAGUCAAACUUCAGAAAUGGGUUAACCAAGGUCUCUAUCCGCCUCAAAUUGUAGCAAAACUACAACAAACUGGGACCACGGGUCUCCAGAGUCACAGGAUGAUCAACAUGGGCAGUCAGCAUGUGCCGCUGACUCAUAUGACGCUUUUCGCGAUAGCGCUUCUACGCCCGCCCUUGCGCCUCAUGGCCGAUAACAUUACCGAAUAA